AUGCCGCCGUGGCCAUCCCGGCUGCUCUCUAACACAGCUGCCUCAGCUGCAGCCUCAAGUCAAGACGCUAGUGCCAGACCCCGAGCGUCGUCUUCGAUCUCCAAAGCGGGCCUCUCUGGUGAUGAUUAUGAUGAUGACUCUGAUUGCAUAAUAACUGCCGAGGAAUAUCACCAUAACCCGGUCCCGCGCCUGUAUCCUUCCCCACGAGACCGAGCUCCAAAGCACGGACGUUCAAAGAGCCAUCCGUUUCCCUCACUUUUUGGUUCCAGCAAAAAAAGAGCCAUCCCGGUCGACCCAUGGGGAGAUAUUGAUUCGUCAGACGAGAGCGGUCUCAGCAUUUUCCCGCCAUUUGAUGGCAAUCUGCCUUUUGGCGCCGGGGGGGACGGUCAUUAUAGAUCCGGAAAGAUGGAUGAGAGAAACAUUAAAACUGGACACUGUCUGACCUGUGCCUCGAUGGUGCGCUGGCCGCAGGGGGCCACUGUGUUUCGUUGCCCUCUGUGUGCGAUGGUUAACGAUCUGAAAACGACAGAACUACCUUCGCCUCCAAAAGCGGGCUUGUCGGAGAAAUGGGCCGGCAAAAAAGGUUCGCCGGCGCCAGACGAACCGCGACAAGCUCCCUUGUUGACCGUCGAAAGAACACAAGCGAUCGUUCAGCGAUGUAUCCAAUCCUAUUUAGACGUGCGACGAGGUUUGCAACCACGAGGACGAUCACCAAGCGGGCCCGGGUUCGACGAUUCCAAUGGUGUUCGAGAGAAGCAUCUCCGUCCCGGAAACGGACUGCUGGAUCCGUUACCUCCACUUGGGCACUCACCUUCGGCUCGACCGCAUCCUGAGAGUUCAGGGCGACUGACGAUGCAAUCUUCUGGGAAUCAAACUUCCGCUCCAGUGUCUUUCAAAUCAUCUCCCCAAUGGCCGCAUACAUUGGUGAUGAGACCAAGAACUGGAAAUGGCCGGGGCGAUCGAAUGCAUCAAUCACCUCCUCUACGGUCCCCUCCCAUGCCUCCUGGUCCUUCAGUUUCCAAGCCUCCCCAGUCCGCCAUAGCGCCCAAUGGCAAUGCUCUAAGACCCGAGAUCCAAGCACGCCCACGCAGUCCCGGUGUCCGCGACGCGCCACUACCUGAUAGCAGCAAUCCAGAGGAGAAGAGAGAGAAUCGAUCCCGUUAUAUCUUGAAGCCGGUAGAGGAUUACAUUAUCGCUUGCUUUGAGAGCAUGGAUUCUCUUAAUCAUUCCUUCCCAACCGUUUCUUCAACCAGGACGCACACUGUGGCUGGCGACGGCAUCUGCCCUUUGCCUCAGUCGAAUCCUGGACCUGUGCCGCAAAUGGUAGGCCGAGAGGUGCCAGCGCCCGAGUUCACGCGCCUCUCCGAAUUGGAUGCAAAGACGCUUUUAUUAGGCGACGUUGCCGAGAACGGCUCAUGGUGGACGGGAAAUCGGGGGGCACAGAAGCGUUCGCAAAGCGGAGGACAUCAUCGAGAUAAGUCAUCUGAUCGUCCUCGCAGGCCCGAAAGAUUUGUCAGUGUCAAGUCUCCACAUAUCGAUUGGCGCAAAGUCCAUGAAUGGUAUCAAAUUGUUCUCUCUGCUGGGAGAAAUUGGAAAGAGAUUCUUCUCGCCAAUGCUAACAGGACGCCGAGCGCCGACCCUGCAAACUCAUCUGCAAACCAAUUACCCUUUAGCCAGGCGACGGCGCAAGAUAUUGAUCGAGAGUUGGAGGAGGCCCGCAUGCACCUGGAAAGGACCUUAUUGAAAGCAACUGAGACGGUCCUCAAAAGACCGGGGCGAAUAAUUAAAUAUCCCGACGAUAUUCGAUUUCUGCUUAUAUUACUCAUGAAUCCACUUAUCCACUCCUCAGUGCCUGCAAAACGAUGGACCGCCGCGCCAGCAUGUCAUCCGUUGUCGCCGAACCGGAAUGCCCUUGGACUGCCUCAUCCAAAUCGGGGCUAUCCGCCUGGGCAGGGUAGGUCUCAUGCAACUUUCCUCGGCCAAGAUAGCGUCGGUCCUGGUCGCCAUUCUGGAAUCAUUAAGAGAAUUCUGGGUAUUUUGUCAAACGUAUCCAAUGAGUGCCACCAUUUUCUCGCCAACUGGCUCGCGCGUUUUUCUGAGCCUCAAUUUCGAAAGAUAGUCGACUUAGUUGGAGGGUUUGUCUCUUACCGGUUAAGCAGGCAGACGGGCAGGCCGCGGAGUACUAGCCUCGAUCCAACUGCCGGCCUGAUUCCGAGUAUUUCGGGGUCAGGCGCUAGCAGUUCGGCGCAAUUACAUGCAGCUCUAGGAGUUGCUGGGACUUCGAGAGCAACGGAUGCCAGCUCUAAGCAGACAGUUUAUAGUGAUGACUGGCAGAUCAAGGCGGCCGCAAAAAUAAUGGCAUUAUUAUUCCUUGCUAAUAGCGCUGCGUUUGUUCCCCGGAAACGGCCAGUCACCUCGAAUCCAUCAGACGCCGUGCCCGCGAGUGCUGGACUUGCUGCUCGUCAAAGGGCUCAGAAUCAUGGUCAGUUGUUGCCUACUAGCGACUUUUACAACUCCGUCUUGGACUAUGCCGAUCUUGUUGCCGAUUUUGAAACCUGGGAAGCUCGAAGAAAGUUUACAUUCUGUCAGUAUCCGUUCUUCCUCAGCAUCUGGGCUAAAAUCCGGAUCAUGGAAUAUGACGCCAGAAGACAGAUGGAGGUCAAAGCACGCGAGGCAUUUUUUGAUAGCAUCAUGAGCAGAAAGGCAGUAAACCAGUACUUGUUGUUAAAAGUCAGAAGGGAUUGCUUGGUGGAAGACAGCCUUCGUGGCGUUAGCGAAGUGGUUGGGGCGAGCCAGGAAGAAAUAAAGAAAGGGCUGCGAAUUGAAUUUCGAAAUGAAGAGGGCGUGGACGCAGGUGGCCUUCGAAAGGAAUGGUUCUUGUUGCUUGUCCGCGAGGUUUUCGAUCCCAACCAUGGGCUGUUUAUGUAUGAUGAAGAUUCACACUACUGCUACUUCAACCCUAAUUGCUUCGAGACCUCUGAUCAAUUCUUCCUUGUUGGAGUGGUUCUGGGUCUCGCCAUAUAUAAUUCGACAAUCCUGGAUGUUGCCCUACCACCAUUCGCUUUCAAGAAGCUUCUUGCCUCAGCUCCAUCAACUUCCACUCCUGCAAUGUCUGUUCCUCGAGUAAAAAUGACAUAUUCGCUAGAAGACCUCGCAGAGUACCGGCCGGCUUUGGCGAGUGGCUUGCGCCAGUUACUAGAAUUCGAGGGCGACGUACAAGCAACCUUUUGUCGCGAUUUUGUUGCAGAAAUCGACCGAUAUGGACAAAUUGUUCAGGUCCCUCUAUGCGAUGGAGGCGAGUCUCGGCCUGUGACGAAUGAGAAUCGCCAAGAGUUUGUCCAGCUGUAUGUUCAAUAUCUACUGGAUGUAGCGGUGGCGCGGCAAUUCGAGCCGUUCAAGCGAGGGUUCUUCACCGUUUGUGGUGGUAAUGCACUGUCUUUAUUCCGGCCCGAGGAGAUUGAACUCUUGGUUCGCGGUUCGGACGAGCCGCUAGAUGUUGCUUCUCUACGCGCUGUUGCAAUCUACGAAAACUGGGGUGAAGGCUCUACCCCAGCGAUCUCCGACCCUGUCUUGGUCUGGUUCUGGGACCUCUUCUCUCAUGCUAAUCCGAAAGACCAGCGGAAAUUAUUGAGCUUCGUCACCGGAAGUGACCGUAUUCCCGCUAUGGGUGCGACAAACCUCGUUAUCAAGCUUGUGUGCCUCGGCGAUGACUGCGAUCGCUUCCCGAUUGCUCGCACUUGCUUCAACUCGCUUUGUUUGUUCAGGUAUGCCACUCGAGAAAAGCUUGAAAGCAAGCUCUGGCGCGCUGUCAUGGAAAGUGAGGGCUUUGGCUUAAAAUGA